ACUCUGUGCUUGUUGGUGGUGACGUAUACUGCGGAAAAUCAUUAAACAGUGCAAGUUCUGGUCUUGAAAAAUUAAAUUCCACAAGAGUAAUUAUCGUGGACAAGCCGAUUUCAUCGUUUUGUACCUGUGUGAAUUGAAGAUUUAUUCUUAUUACGAAAUAUAAGACGUCACGUUUGGCAUUCUGACAUUUCUAGUAUGUCAUGAAAAACAAAUAGUGCGAAAUAGUCGAAAAUCAAAGUUUCACUCGAGAAUUUGGGUGUGAAAUAAAAGGAAUUAAAGCUAAGAAGUGGUUUUCCAAGAACAUCAAAUUCAAAUAGUCCGCCAAGAGGUGACGUCAGACCGAUAAUCGACGAAGAUACCUCGUGAAGAAUCGUUCCACUUAGUGUGGCGGGCGCGGCCAUAUUUGUAGUACGCGGAAAAAAGCUGAUAGGUUUGUGUGGUGCUGUGAAUUUCAUCUAAAAUCAUCUGAAAAUGGCUGAUAGGGAGGAUAAUGUAUACAAAGCGAAAUUAGCGGAACAAGCAGAACGUUAUGAUGAAAUGGUGGAGGCCAUGAAGAAGGUGGCCAAGCUCGACCUCGAGCUGACGGUGGAGGAGCGCAACCUGCUCUCGGUGGCCUACAAGAACGUCAUCGGCGCCAGGAGGGCCUCCUGGAGGAUAAUCUCCUCCAUCGAGCAGAAGGAGGAGAACAAGGGGGCCGACGACAAGUUGGAGAUGAUCCGCCAGUACCGUUCGCAGGUCGAGAAGGAACUGCACGACAUCUGUUCCGACAUACUGACCGUCCUGGACAAGCACCUCAUCCCCUCCGCGUCCACCAGCGAGUCGAAGGUGUUCUACUACAAAAUGAAGGGCGACUACCACCGCUACCUGGCGGAGUUCGCGACCGGUUCCGACCGCAAGGACGCGGCCGAGGACUCGCUGGUCGCGUACAAGGCGGCCAGCGACGUGGCCAUGACCGAGCUGCCGCCCACGCACCCGAUCAGGCUCGGCCUGGCCCUCAACUUCUCCGUGUUCUACUACGAGAUACUGAACAGUCCGGACAGGGCCUGCCGCCUGGCCAAGGCCGCCUUCGACGACGCCAUCGCCGAGCUGGACACCCUCAGCGAGGAGAGCUACAAGGACAGCACGCUGAUCAUGCAGCUACUCAGGGACAACCUUACCUUGUGGACCAGCGACAUGCAGGGAGACGGUGAGAACGAACCAAAGGAACAGCUGCAGGACGUCGAGGACCAGGACGUGUCGUAAUUUAAGCGUUGAACAAGAGAAAACAAAACGAACUAAAAAAGUGCUGUGUAGUGCAGGGCGUAAAGUUCAAAAAUUAUGCUCUAGACAUUAUCGACGGGGCCGUCGUAUCACAACUCCCCGAUACAGGGCCCGGUACAUAUUGUAUUAUUAUUAUUAUUCUUAGCCGUAAAUAUACUGUCUCUGUUUUUUGUCUUGGUAUGACUCUGGACCGGAAUGAGUGUGGAAAUUCGUCUCUCUCUCUCUCCGUCUGUCACUUUCAUCAUCGUAACUGUCCCCCCCCUACUUCACCUAGCGCCCCCCACGUUUCUAGGACUUCGAUUUAACCCCCAACCCCCCUUUGUCAAAAUUUCGUGUGAAUGGAUAAGUGCGCGUAGGAUUUGCUUGUGUAUUUAAUUCCCUUCGUAAUUGUUUUUCUAAAUUAUGAGUUUUAUAUCGUUUAGUCGUUACCAGCAAUAUUCCAGUGGUAAGUUUUAACAAUGGCAGCCUAUGAUUUUUCUCGAUACUUGAACGAUGGAUGGACCUCCCUCUCUUUUUUUCGUUUUUAAAUUUGAUUGACGGUAAGAUGCCCUAGAUCAUCCAAGCUAAUCGAAAUUGAAGAUACGCUUUACAAAAACGCAAGCCAUCGUCAGACAUUUUACAUUCAGGCCGUUUGAAGCUGUGUUUUUCAAUCACUCAGGUUGAUGUGACGGGAUACAAGAGGUAGUUUGACUGAAUAAUCCAUUACGGCCAUGAGUUUUCCCAGGUUCAGUGUCAACCGAACGUUUUGAUAGGGGGAUCAAGUUUUCUUACACUGCCACCUCGAUUUUCCACCACCAAAGUCCCAGUCUCGACAUCAACCUGGUCCCUACACCUCUCUUGCUCUUGAUUUGUCGGCAGGUCUGGAGGAAGCCGAUGUAUCUCGUACAAAAGCAUUCCUUUAACAUUUUUUUUUUAACGUUUAGUUGAUAAUUCUGAAGCAAUAAAUUUUGGAUGUAGGUAAGCCUGUUUACCUAUGUAUGAAAAUAUGAUGACAAUCUAGCAUUUUUUUUAUAGUUCGAAUAGAUUUCGCUAAACAUCACUGGUUUUCUUUUUCACAGUUUGUUAUUUCACCCGUCUCCCACUAACAGAUCUCGACUGGUCGCUGUAGGUCGAUUUUGUGUACUUACCAAAUUAACUUAACGUGGCCCUUGAUUUUUUUUUUCGAUUUUGACUCCGACCUCAGUCGAUGUUCGAGAUUGUUAUUUUAGAGACUGGACGUUGGAAUAAGUUGCAUUUUUCUUGUAUGUAUGAAUGUAAAAUGCUGUGUAGAUUGGUAAAACAAAUUGAUGUAUUAUUAUAAAAUACUUGAAAA